GUUUAGUGCAGUAUGCACGUGAGGCAGGUGUAUACAUGUUACGCAAAGAAUGCUGGCCGUGUGACCGGACGUACGAAGCCGCAAUGAGGGCUGUGCACUAAUUCCGCUCCUGAAUAUUUGCUGGUCAAAUUGUGCAACAACAUCUUGUGCUGUAGAGAUGGACAACUUAGGGUUUCAGCAAGAAGUUGAAGGAACGGCCUUCCCAGUCUGCGACAGCAGCAACAGUGAGUGCAUACCCCACUGGCCUGGCAGUCUGCGCCUUCUUCCCAACAGCAACGGUUGCGAUGACAACGCAAGGGAAACCAGCUCACAACCAAAGAUAUGUGCACCAAACACAAGCUCACCAAAAUUAUCCUCGUCUUCAUUUAGCUUACCAAAGAACAAAACUUUAAACAAAUACAGGCGCUUUUCAGAAUCCUUUUCAUGUACUAGUCGAGUUCCUUACUGUUUAGGGAAGAUGUUAAACAUUCCGUCCAGAGAAAGUGUCAAACAUCAUAACAUAAAAUGCUCGUCCUUUAUUAUAAGUGAUAACAAUAAUGUAAGUAGAACUGCACCUGGCUCCACCGCCACGUGUCAGCAUCAUUCCUGUGAGGAUGGUGUCUAUAUAGAGAUCCAUUGCAGUAGUUCGAAUCCUGUCCGGUCUGAAAAAUAUCAGCCAGAUAAUAAAAGGUUAUGCUCAUCACAAAACUUCCAAGGACACACAUCUGUGUCAUCCUUACUGAACAACGCACAGGAAAUUUCAAGCUACUCGUCAGUGCCUUCCUUAUCCUUAAAUAAUAGUUACCACGAAGAGUACCUGUGUUCGAUGCCGCCCUUCUCAAAAACUUCUAUUUCUCCAUAUUUCUCGAAUAAACAGAAUCUGAUUAGUGAUACAUCAUUAGACAUCCACAAUGCAGUGACCCAGCCACCGAAAUCUACAAACAAAUGCAGCAACAUUGGUCCUUCCCGGCCCUUCCUUAACAAUGCUCAAUGUUCCGGAAACCCCUCGCCAUAUUUGAUGAAAAAAAAGCAAGAAUUUUCAAAAGAUGAUGCAGAAUUGAAUUCAAUGCCCCGUAUAAUGAAAUCACAAAAAAACGUGAACCGGGUUUUGAAUCGUUCCACAACAUUACCAGCGGUAUCAAUUAAAAACAUGAGAAAUCAGAACCGGGAGUUUACCUCAGGUAUACCAACUGUGUCGGGGACAUUGCCGAUGUAUUACUCUAGAUUUCUGGAUCGCCAGCAAUCCUCGCCGAACCCGUGUGCGGAGAACAGGCAGAACAUGAUGCAGUCGUCCAAAGUCCUCCCGGCAGGUGGCCGGGAGGCGACGCUGAAGAAGAGGGCAAUCCUGAGGGGCUGGAAAUUGCAGUUCAUUCCAAGUGACCACUCGAAGCGCAGGACUGUUGUGCUGUGCUGUAUCCUGCUUCUGGCCUGCAUCCUUGCCCUCGUCGUCACAGGACUGGUCUUCUACAUGACGACAGCUAUGAAAUCGGUGACCAUGAAGUUUCAAGAAAGUUGUGGUCCUGCAGAAACCGGUGUGAAUGUGGUGGCCGGUGAAUUCCGAAUAACAAAUGAGAGGUUUGAGUCCAGCCUGAAGGAUGAGACUUCAGCAGAUUUCAAACAGCUGGCUGCGCAGAUCACCCAGCAGCUGAACAUCCUCUUCUCUGCCAGCACGCUGUCUGCACACUACAAUCACUCACAUGUGACACAGUUCAGUGAUUAUUUAGAGAAGGCAGGAAAUGGUGGUAUUCUGGUACAAUGCAAACUGGUUUUGUUAUCAGCGCCUCCAAAUGGUGAGGCUGCAAACCAGGCAGGGUUGGAAUUCCUGCGGGGACUGCGACAUCAUCAAGGCCAAAUGUGGCUGGGAAAUUUUGCUAUUGACGUGCAAUCAAUAGGAUUUGUUGCUGUCAUGGAUACAACAGCUCUACCUGAACAGAAACCAGAUGUGGCUCUUCUUCCUGGUUGGUCAUCAUGGUCUGCAUGGAGUGAGUGCAACACUUUCACAGCAGCAUCCACAAGGACCCAGAUGCGAAGCAGAUCAUGUCGCUUGGACACAGGAGAGGGAGCUGUGCUGUCAAGCAUUGAGCCUUGCCUAUUGCUAGAGCAGGCAGGGGGUGAUCUUGAAGUGAGAGAUUGUGAGAACGCGAGUACUGUAACAUUUCUGUCAUCCAGGGUACUUGAAGAAGGCGAGAUUGUGUCAAAUGACAUAGGUGUAGAUAUGGCAGUUGAGCCUGCUGCAGGGUCCAGUUCUUCCAGCAUGGAAACAAUUGAGGGGAAUACAGCUACCAUGCAAACAACAGAGCGUCUUGAAUCUGUUGCAGAUAACACAACACUAGUAAACUCCAGUAGAAGAGGUCCUGAGAUACCAGUAAUGGAUCUGUCACUGCCUUCCUAUCGCCACUGUGACGAGUGUGUGUCUGGUGAAGUGUGUGUGGCACUGAGUAAUGAGGAUGUGCCAACCUGUAGACAGCCACAUGACCCCAGUGAUCCAACGGGUUGUGGAGGUCAUUGCCACAUCAGUACAGAAGUCUGCCACAAACUCGAUGUAGAUGCAUUCAG